AUGCCAACCUAUUUGUUUGAAGGAACUCUUGUACUGAGGAAGGUUCAUUCACCUGGGACAUAUUUGCACAAUAGAGACGAUAUUUUUCUGUAUAUAAAUAUUUUUGAUAGCAUUCACUUUACAAAGCUAUCAUUGCCAAAUUUUCCUCUAGAAGUCCAAGAAAGCUUUUCCUUUGAGAAGCGUUUCUUUGAUACCUUUUCUCCUUACGAGUUGUGUCGGAAAUUAGAGGAUAUCCCUGUCACUAUUGAACUACGACAAAUGACUGAGUAUUUUAAUAGUGGAAAACUAUUGGCCUACUUCGAUGGCAAUGCGCGCGACUUCUUUAUGCCCUGCCCUACACUCUGCAGUACUAUCGGGAAUGAUCGGGAAUUACUAAUGAUACGUACAGUAGAUUUCCCUGGUGUUUCUCCGAGAGUUGAGUUUACGACUACGACGAAGAUAUCUCCUGGUGCUUACUGCCCCGAGAAAAUGAUGCGAAGGACAAAAUCCUACUCUUCGCUUCAUGAUAUUGACUUGAAGGCUGCCCAAGAAAGAAGGCUCCAAACCUCGCUCGACCAUUCUGUCGUCUUUAGUUAUCAAGGCCGUAACUAUGGGAGGAGUCCAAGGCGCUUGUUAUGCGAAAUGCAUCCUAGUUGUCAAAGCUGGCCUUUGUCCAGUGUUGCGUGGCAACGAAUUUGUUAUAGAUCUGCAAUGAACCACCGCAAAUGUAAGCGGUCAUCUGACUUAAACCGGAUGCGUUUCCUGACGGUAAAUAAGUUUGUCUAUCUACUACAUUUUCUACUAACAACAAUGAACUAUGAAUGCAGGACUUCCAAACUAUUGGUCGAAGUAAUAUGGGAUAAGCCGCAGAAGAGCUAUGAGGCUAUUGGCGUGGCCCGAAGACCGAGCUGCAGAGAGGAAGAAAAAGCCUCCACAACGGGGGUGUUCGCUAGUUUAGCACGGUUAGAAAUAUCAAACUCUCGAAUUGUCUCCUUCUUGAACGCUACUGGCAGUUGUAUCGCUUCUGGCAACGAGAGGUGGAUAAUCUUCGCAGAAGUCGCGGUUGAACCUACUCAUCUUGCAGAAAUACUCCUUUCUGAGAUGGAUAUGACGUAA